GACGUGUUUGACACUUAUUUAAAUAUGGGGUUUCCAAGUCGAGCUGGCUGACCGCUAAAUCCUUACGAAGAUAAAAUCGUAGUACGUAUAUUUAAUUUGAGAAUGUCGUUUCUCUAGAUUUGAACUCGCAUAUGCUUGUGAUAAAGUAACGUGAGUAAAUGAACGCGUGAAAAUAAGACACGAACUGUUCAGAGACAGCAGUGGGAAGGUUUAGGUCUGGUUCUGCCCUUGUCGCUGGCCAUCAAACGACAUUUUUGUUGUUUUGAACGCCUCAUCGUAAAGCUAUUUAGAGGUUUCUAAAAUCCUAAACAGUUUUGGCAGUGGAGUGCAUCAUCUUGCUAGUAAACGAUCUUUGGCGCUAGCUCAAGCCCGGACCAGAGAGCCCAGUGGACCCGGGCAGCGAGGCUCCAGCUUCGGUAUGAUGCCAGCCGACAGCACCAUGACUUCCAUCGUCCAGAGAAUAGCCCGACAGGCGCUGGUCACCUUCCGCAGCCCGCCGGGGCCCGGCGAAGAGGCCGCUAAGUCUUUCUUGGAGAACCUCAACAAGCUGAAGAGCCUGACGACGGAAGUGCGAGCGGCUGACUUGAAGCUCGUUCCGCGGAGAGCCGAGGGCAGCUCGAGCCGUGCGCUCCCGUACCACCACGGGGUGCCCCCGGUCACCUACAUGCACAUCUGCGAGACGGACCAGUUCAGCAUGGGCGUGUUUCUGCUGAAGACCGGCGCCUCCAUCCCGCUGCACGACCACCCGGGGAUGCACGGCGUGCUGAAGGUGCUCUACGGGAAGGUCCGGAUCAGCUGCUUCGACAGGCUGGAGCGGUCCUGCGGCAGCGCGCCCCCGCACCCCACCGUCCCCGCGGCCCAGACGGGCUCUCUGCGGCGCUCGGUGCUCCGCUCCACGGCCGAGUUCACGGAGGAGAGCGGCCCGUGUGUGCUGUCCCCGGACCGGGACAACCUCCAUCAGAUCGACGCGGUGGACGGACCGACGGCGUUCAUGGAUAUCCUGGCCCCUCCGUACGACCCGGACGACGGCAGGGACUGUCACUAUUACAAGGCUGUGACUGAGGCCGAGCUGAAAGCCUCGGAGCAGAAGGAAAAAGAGGUCUGGCUCAUGGAGAUCUCCCAGCCUCCUAAUUUCUGGUGCGGAGGGGAGCCUUACCCAGGCCCAGAGGUCUCCCUCUGAUCCACCUGACUCACCUGACAUGUCCCCACCAGCCUGGUCUGGUUUCUGAAGCAAGACCUUUUGGACUUGGUUGGACAAUAAAUGGACCCUCUGAUUGUGUUUAGAAGCACCAGAAGCUACAGAAAUCAAUGAAGGGCCAAAAAUAAUGUCUUUUAAUUAUGACUUUGAAUGAAUUACCACAGCUCAAAAUAAGCCAAUAAUUAAACAUUAACACUGCUGCCCUGUAAAUCUGUGCUUUAAUAGGUGAACCAUCAGGAACCAGUAAUGUGGGCCUCAGGCUGUACACUCAACUGUUGGAUCAGCUGGUUUCACCAAACAUGUCUGUUAAAGUUUAACAUUUUAGUAUGAUUUGACUUCCUCCUCGCGCAGCGACCUAUCAGAUCAGCAGUCAGGGGCAGUUUGAAUAAAAACGGGUUGAGAAAAGCAGUUAGUGCUCCCAGUUGGAAAUGUUUGACCAUAACUGGCUGUGAGGUUAUUCAGGAUUCACUGGAGUGUGUCACAAACAUGAAGUUACAAUCUGAACGAGUAAAAAAAA